UUCACGCGUUCUAAUCAGGCCACAUAUGGUGGAUGUUAUCUGACCUACCCAUCCUAGUAUUUCUUUUUCCCCAAACCACGAUAAUGGACGGCUGGCUUAAGUUGGCGGUGAUCGCGUCGUUGGUGUGUCUGUCUUAUCAGUCAGCAUGCCAGUCUCCUCCACCUUCUGUGGCUUUCCAGAACACUCGAUUCUUCGGUCAUUGGUAUGAAGUGGGCAAGAUUCAAACAGCUGGCGGAGCAAUGUUUGAGAAGGACUGCGUGUGUACAACAAUAGACGUGAAACCCACCCACGGUAGUUCCAGUGGAGAUGCAAUUGCAGUCAACAGUUGUAGAAAGACAUCUCCUUCAGGGUCAUUCCUUAACGCCACAGGUACUUUGACAGCCGAAGGUCCGCAAGGCAAGUGGAAGGAGUCAUUCUUUGUUUUAAGUCCAAAGGUAGACUACACGGUGGUCUAUUUGGACGAUAACUACGCCAUCGAGUACGACUGUGGGAUUUUUGGCAUAACAAACUACUGUGUACACUUCCUCAGUAGGACACCUUCCAUCGGGAACGAGACUCUGCAGCUCCUCCAGAAACUGGUCUACCAGCUGCAGAUCAACACAGAAAACUUGCCUUACAAAGUCACCAAGCAGGUUGGGUGUUGGUGAGGUGGCGAUGAGAGUAGAAGAGCUUACCCCCGCUCUUUGAGUACUGGCCAGUUGGAUAAUAUUAGACUGAUAUAUCUGUGUCUCAUCCGCAAGUCCACUACUUUCUUUCUUUAUAAAAUAUAGUCUGACAUAA